AUGGCGCUCGCUGUGACAGAUCCUUUCAUCAGGCUACCACCGGAGCUACGUGUACAGGUUCUCGUAUGGACUGGCUGCAAAGCGUCGAUAUCACGGAUAAUCCAAGCCUCUCCCACCAUGCUGCAACAAUAUGUCGCACACAGGAAGUCUAUCUUACGACAAGUGCUUGCCGCCGAGUUUGACCCCGAGAUGAGACAAGAUGCCAUGGCUAUUUUGCUGUUUCCGAGUCGUCGGAGCUCUGGUGAUAAGCAUCAACACAAGCAGCUUUGUCGUGCACACAUGCUGGCUUGGUCAAAAUCUCAGCUGCUCGAUCCGUUCAAGGGUAACGACGACGACCUGGUGGGUCAGCUCAAUGAAUUACAUGAUCGAAUUCUUCUUUUCGUCGAGGACUAUAUCACCAAAGCCACCGCUUCCUUUCCCCCUCAGGAAUAUCUCUGUCUACCAAAAGUUCAGCCGCCAUCAAUGGAAGGACAUCUCAUGUUCAAAGGUCUCAAGGUCGCACCGCGAUUCAGUUCCGCCAGUCUCACAUCCUCAGAACGGAAAAGGUUUGUCAAAGCAUUUCUGGUGUUUGACCUACUAUGCAAGAACAACACAUUCGCUUAUGUUCCCAGCAAGCCAGGGCCGCGUAAAAUCAGCAACGCCGAGUACGAAGCUGUCGGGUGUGUCCAUAGCUACGUCUGUUCUCUAUACGGGGCAAUGCUAGCACAAUGCAACCAUGCUGAUCUCCCAACCGCUUUGGCGCCUCCUUCAUGGAGAACUCAGUUGUUUUCUCCAGUUCCCGACGCCCUUUUCUUUGAUGCGAACGUCUAUGCACCUAAUCUGCGUUUGCUUUCUCGCGACCGUGGCGAUGAUAUUGGCGAUGAUAUUCUGGCUGGUCUAUCAAUGCUUGGGCUCGAUCGUCUCACCAAUUUCCUUCGCUACAAUAUGGCUGAGCCAAAUGAAAGGGAAGUACUCGACAAGAAACUCAAAGACGUCUGGAAGUUUGGAUCCCCUUCUAUCUCCCACCCGUGGGAAUCGUACUUUGCGGUGUUACUCGUAACCAAGCGAAAAUACAAAAAUGGUCGUGAAUCAUCUUUAUACAAGCGGCUCUCUUUGAAGUCCGAAGAGAAACUCAGAUACAAGCUCGGCCAGGAGCGCGCUUGGGUAUUUUUCGAUGACAAUCGCUUUUACCCGCAAGAGAGCGCCGAACAACCAACUUUUCCAUCAGAGACAUUCCUUGCGGAACAGUCGGCUAAGAAAACUUUUAUUAACGAUUGGUUUGAUAGUUUGAGAGAUAGAAAAGAUUAA